AUGGCGUCAGCGGUGAUUCAUGAUAGGACAACCAACACAAGGCACGGGUUUGUGUCGGGUCUUUGGCCCAAAACAACCUACGAAAAUCCAAGAAAGCCUCGUGAAGAAUAUCUUUACUAUGAAGCAGCUGCGUACCUCGCGUUAGAGCAUUUCAAUUCUCGAAAUGGAGCUGUCUUGCCAGAAAUACCAGACUUGUUGGCUGGUUGUGACUUUACCAUGGAGGUCGAAUUCAGAGACACACGGUUCCGUCCUUUCAAGGGGGUAGAAGAAGCAUUGGACUCAUAUCGGGCACCUGGGAAAAAGCCAUUUGCUGUCUGGGGCCCCUACAGUUCCUCUGUGAGUCUUCCAGUCAGUAUUGUGACCAGUGGUCUGGAAAUACCUACAAUCGGUACUAUAUCCACCAGCCAGUCCCUGGACAACAGCCCGUUUUACGCUCGAACCUGCACCAGCGUUCAGUCAGAAGCCAAAAUCUUUUUGAACUACCUCAAUAGCAUCGGUGUUCCUCGAAUCGGCAUCUUGUACUCCAGGAAUGAAUGGGGCUUGUCCUUUCACAACUUUCUCAUCGAAAAUGCACCGCUGUACAACGUAACAGUGGCGACCUCUGUGGGAUAUGUGGAAGGACACAAUAAAGAGGAAUGGAUUCUGUUAAAGGAAGCCAUGAAAGAGUUGGCACAGUCCAAAGUCCAAUACUUUGUCGGCAUUGUCAACCCGCCCACCUGGAAGCAUGUGGCUCGUGAGGGGUUCCAGCACGGUAUCAUGGGAGCACCGGGAUAUACUUGGUACUUCUCAGAACUCGAAAUGACUCGAAUCUUGGACAAAGAAACAGAAGGCGAUAUUGCUCAAGCGGUUCAUGGAAGUGCGGUAACGUUCAUGCACUUUGAAGAUCACCCCGCCUUUGAUCAGCACUUUGAAGAUUUCUUGUUGGCUAGAGGCCCGGUAGACAGCAACAACAGGACCAUGAGGGAUCGCUACAUUGCGUCUCAGGCCGAACAAAAGUGGGCACGGAUUGUUGAUUACGUGGCUCCGGUAAGAUCGUCUGUGUCCUAUCUGGCGUAUGAUGCCAUGAUGGCACUUGGGAUUGCAGCUUGCAAAGCACCCGAGCAAUUCGCAGGACAGCAGCUCUAUGAUGCGCUGGUACGAACAGAAUUCCAAGGUGUCACGGGAUGGGUAGCCUUUGACCACAACAGUGGCACAAGAAGGGAAGAUACUGUUCACUAUCGGCUGGAGAACGUUGUAUUGGCGGACAAGGGCAAGGGAGCUGUUCCCAACAGCAGUUUUGUUGAGUUCAACAUUUCCACGGUGGCAAUCGUAGGAACCGAAACGAUCAACUUCAAGGAUCCUUACACAUAUUCUGACAACUCAACCAACCAGCCAUCACCGCUGCCUCCUGUUGACGGAAUGGAAUGCAACUUGAUUGACAACGGUGCCUUGAUAUAUGGAUGGGUAUUUGCUGCUUUUGUGGCUUUGAUGUCGCUGGGCUGGAUGGUUUGGACAGUCCUGAAUCGAAAGCGAUAUGUUGUCGGAGCCGGACAGCCCGUCUUUCUGUGCCAACUUUGCCUCGGGACGUUUCUCACAGCCAUGGCUGUCAUUCCACUGAGCAUGCAAGAAGAGAGGGAAGGUUGUGAGACGUCCAAGUUCAACCUAGAUGCGGCCUGUAUGGCCACUCCAUGGAUCGUCUUGGUUGGGUUUUGCGUGGCUUUCUCUGCAACUAUUUCAAAAGCAAUGCGACUGAACAUGGUAAUAAGAAACGGACAGGCAAUGCGGCGAGUCAAGGUGUCUGCGAUGCAGGUGCAACAACCGUUGUGCAUCCUGCUCUUGUGCAAUACUGCGCUCUUGUUGAGUUGCACCUUGAUUGCGCCAUUCAAGUGGAGCCGGGUUCCAGUUCCGGUUGACAGCACCGCUUAUGACGAAUUCGGCCGUCUCACAGAAACCUAUGGGAGUUGUGGUUACUACACACCAUCUGUCUCCUGGUACUUCAUUGUCCCACUGGGUUUAAUCAACCUUGCCGGCGUUGGAUACGCAGCAUAUCAGUGCUAUCUUCAAAGGGACGUGACCACGGAUAUGUCUGAAACGACCCACUUGUUCGUUUCGAUUGUGAGCAUGUUUGAAACAACAGUAAUAUUCGGGCCUCUCUUGUUCGUUGUGAAAGACAACCCGACGAGGAGAUUCCUGCUUGAGUCAACCCUUGUAGAUGUUGCAUGCUUGACCCUGCUACUGCCCAUCUUUAUUCCCAAGUACCAGCAACGAUUCAAACAGCUUGCCCAUACGCGCCCCAGCAAGGAUAUCUUGAAAGGAAACUCUUCUCACUUGGGGGGUUGUCAGCACAGUGCCCGCUCGGCUGGGGGAGGCACCAGUUCCCAUGAAAUGAAUAGUUACGGUCCUCACAGCCUCAUCAGUUACCCUGCGGUUGACAAAGAAGCGGACGCUGCUUAUGAAAAAGUGCUUGACAGCGUCCGUGACUGGGAAGCAAAGCACGGGUUCAUCCCGAUUGUGCAACGCCAUGAACCGGCACCGCAAAAGGACUCUGUGCCACAUAAGAGCUCUUCGCGACCUCGAUGA